AUGAUGCUGACGAAUGCCAAAUGGAGAAAUGAAUGGGACAGGGAACUUCGAUCGAUUCCUCAAGUCGAAUCAAUAACAGACGCAGAUUUAGAACUGACAGAAAAUGUCUUUCUUAUUUGGCAGUUUUUAAAGCUCUACCAUUCGUCAAUUCCUCAAAUGAGAAGUCUUAUAGACUUCAUAGCAGUUAAAAAAACAGAAUAUUUGCAGUGGGGGGAACACAUUGACAAUGUUAUGUCUAGAGGUCUAGCUAAAGGACAACAACUAUUUAAUGUGUUAAUUUCUAGCGGGAAAAAAAUACAAGCGAGAUAUUCGAAGAAGAAACUGUGUGAUUCUUUACAGUACUACCACAUGAAGAAUUAUAUUAUUUUGGAAAAAAUAAACACAGGUUCUGUCGGACAAGUCCACCUAGCCUUAGACAAGACCACAGACACACUCGUAGCUGCAAAAGCUAUUGAUAAAUCUACGGUACAAGGGGAUUUAGGACUAUAUAAAAAAUUAAAGGAGGAGAUAAAAGUUUCUUGUAAAAUGAAUCAUCCAUAUGUUGUAAAAACAAUAAACAUUCUUGAAACAAAAGAGAAGAUUAUUCAGAUAAUGGAGUACUGUGACGGGGGAGACUUAAUAUCCUACGUUAGAAAUAAGCUGCAUUUGGAGGAGUUAAGUGCGCAGUACUUUUUUAGAAAAAUUGUUGAAGGACUCAAGUACAUGCACGAAAAUAACAUAGCACAUAGAGACUUAAAACCUGAAAAUAUUUUUUUAUGUAAAAAGCAAUUGAAUCAAAAAGAGAAAACAUUAAUUAGAAUAGGUAAGCUACCUUCAUGUUCAGAAUAUGAAUUGAAAAUUGGAGAUUUUGGGGCUUGUUGUUUCAAUGAAAAAAAUAAAUUACAUUAUGAUAUUGUUGGUACGUUAAGUUAUGCUGCACCUGAAGUAUUAGGAUGUAACAAUAAAAAAGGAUAUGACGGUCAAAAAGCAGAUAUAUGGAGUCUAGGUAUUAUAUUGUAUGCUAUGUUAUUUGGUUUACUCCCAUUUGAUAAUGAGGAAAAAGAUAUUAAAGAAGCAUAUAACGAAAUCGUAAAAAAUAAAAUUGUUUUCCCCAAAAAUAGAAUUAAUAAAAUUUCUAUGAAUGCCAGAAAUUUAUUAUCAGGUAUGCUUAACAUCAAUCCUGUAAAUCGAUUAUCUCUUCAUGAAGUUAUUAACCACGAAUGGUUAGCUGAUACAGCUAAGAAAAAAUUAGAAAUAUCAUACAUAAAUAGUAGAAAAAUGAAUUUUCCUAUUUCUUCAACCGUCGCUUAUCCUGUUUAUUCGAAUAACAACAUUUUGUAUUACAACUUAUAUAAGAAACUAGCUUUCACAAACAACGGAGAUACGAGUGUUACUUCCAGUAACGUAAGUAACGGUCCUUCCACGUAUCUAAAUAGGGGCACAGCCAAGUUAGAUAUUAAGAGUCCUACCAACUAUGAUGUUAAAUACCCCACGAACUUUGACAUUAUCAACCCCUCCAACUUCGACAUUAUCAACCCCUCCAACUUCGACAUUAUCAACCCCUCCAACUUCGACAUUAUCAACCCCUCCAACUUCGACAUUAGCAGCACUACGCACCUUAGCAGUGGUCAAAGACACAACAGUGUCAAUACCACCACAACCAAUAUAACCAAUGUAACCAAUAAAACCAAUGUAACCAAUAAAACCAAUGUAACCAAUAAAACCAAUAUAACCAGUACAACUAGUAUAGCCAAUAAAACCAAUGUAACCAAUAAAACCAAUAUAACCAAUACAUCCAAUAAAACCAAUGUAAUCAAUACAUCCAAUAAAACCAAUAUAACCAGUAUAACCAAUACAUCCAAUAAAACCAAUACAGGAUCUAGCAUUAUUUACGAUAAAGGAAGAAUGUAUCACCUGUACGAGCACAAUUCGAAUAUAACGAAAAGCAACUAUCACAAUAAAAAUUUAUAUAUAUAUGAUAAUAAAGGACUGAUUUACAACCAAUUAAAACAUUACAAGGAGGAUCCAGGUAACACAGACAAAAAUCGAAUCUAUGAAGAUAUUAUACUUACAUAUCAAAAUAACAUUUACGAAACGAAUAAUCGAAAGGAACAAAUUAUCUCUGAAAAGAACAUAUUACGGGACAAGAAAAACAAACAAACAAGUGCAAUCAAAGAAAAGAUGAAUAAACCUUAUGAGGAUAGCAAGUAUAUAGAAAGAAUUAUUAAAGAAAAUGAACAAGCUAAUAAAAAUUAUGUUGAUAGAAUAUAUUGCGAUGGUAAACUUAUUGACAAUAUGUACAUAAACAGUAGGUAUAACAAGAGUGACUAUUCUGAAUGUGGUAAGUCUAAUGAAACGAAGUAUAUCGAUAAUAAAUAUAUGCUCCUUGAGACGUACAACAACAUCUCUUCUACUUGUUUAGCUAGAGAAUAUAAUGGCGUAUACGAUUUGUACGCAAUUAAAAAUAACAAUAACAUAACUCACAACAGUGAUAGCAGUACCACUAACAUUAACACUUACAUGAAGAGCAAUAACAAAAGCAGCGCUGAGGUUAACAAUAACAGCAGUAAUAGCAGUAACAAAGGUAAUAACAAUAAUAGCAGUAAUAGCAGUAACAACGGUAAUAACAAUAAUAGCAGUAAUAGCAGUAACAACGGUAAUAACAAUAAUAGCAGUAAUAGCAGUAACAACGGUAAUAACAAUAAUAGCAGUAAUAGCAGUAACAACGGUAAUAACAAUAAUAGCAGAAAUAGCAAUUGUAAAAGCAACUCUAAUAGUAAUCGUAAUAGCAGUAACAAUAUGUACACUGAAAAAAGCAGCCCCAUGAAACCUGGUAAAGACAAUAUUUUACAUAUCAGAAAUAAUAACUCACUCGAAAAUUGUUACUUCUUAAAAAAUAAACAUAUUAAUUUAGCUAACGAUUUUUCUGAUGCACUCUUAAAAAAUUAUGAAAACUAUGACGUUGUUCAUACAAGUAAGGAUAACGAUGUGUACAGGGUGAAGUACGCGCAUAAUAUAAACUGUGCGAAUAGCGCAAACAGUACGAAUAGCGUGAUUAGCGCGAAUGGUGUUAGUGAGUCAAAAAGUGCGUUAUUAAACAAUAACAAUCUAAUUAUAAAUAAAAGGUAUAUUCCCCACAACGACAUAACAUCUGCUAUUAAACAAGAUAAUCCUAAUAAUGUUCAACAGUUCAAAUACUAUUACUAUGAUGAUAAAGGAGUGUACAUUGGGUACUCAUAUAACGAAAAGAAUGAUUCCAAACAAGAAUUUUCGUAUGUUAUACCUGGAAAUAUAAUCAGCUCUGCUGCCAGCAAUUACAAGAACAUUAACUUUAUGUAUGCAAAUGAUUACUGUUCAUACAGAAGGGGAACAUCAGAGUAUAUCGAUGUGAAUACUGUUACUAAUUAUAAUGCGCUCUCAUCAUCUAAUGUUCAGAAUUAUAAAGCACUUACUACCAAUUUUCCAAAAAAUGAAUGCACAAAAAUAUGCAGUAAAAAAGAAUACAGUAAGAAGUAUCUAUAUGGGGUAACAAUUUCCGCACAAGAGCAAAAAGGAGAGCUAAUUACCCAGGCACUCGAAGGAGAAGAAGCGAUAGAGGGGGAAAAAAAAGGCGUUUGCACAAGCAUGCACAAGAGCAAUAAAGGAAACGCCAACAUAAAUAACAGCAAUAGCAAUAACAACAACAACAGCAGCAGUAACUACUGCACGAACCCGGUUAAUAAAAUUUCUUCCGAGAAACUGGAUGAAUGUUCUGCCAUUACAAGUCUUGAACAUGAGCAUAUACAACCAAAUAAAGGAGAUGAAAAAUGUAGCAAUCAAAAAUGCAGCAGCAGUAGUAGUAACGAUAAAAAUACAGGUAAUGAACCAUACAAAUACGUGGCUAUACCAAAUCUGUGUGGCAAUUCUAAGUUGAACUUACACAGUGAUUCCGAUUUAAAUUUAAAAAAAAAAGAUACAUGUAUUGUUAAGAAGGUUAAGAAGGACAAACUUGUUGAUACUAUAAAAAUAGAAAACAUGAUCAACCAAGAAGCAAAAAUAGUUGACAUUGAAAAAACGAAUAAUGAAAAGGUGAACAGUUCAUUAAUUGAAAAAAAUGAAAUAAGCAUUAACCCUCGAAAAAGGGAAGAAAACGCCAUUUCUAAUCUCAUUCACAAUGAAAAUGUUAUCAAUAGUACAAUUAAGGUCAGCGAAGAGGAACUCAUCAAAAUGAAUAAAUCUGAGUAUGUUCAUAAUGUUCAUUCAAAAUAUAAUAAUAGUAGUAGUAAUUGUAAUGGUAAUAAUAAUAGUAGUAAUUGUAAUGGUAAUAAUAAUAGUAGUAAUUGUAAUGGUAAUAAUAAUAGUAGUAAUUGUAAUGGUAAUAAUAAUAGUAGUACUUGUAAUGGUAAUAAUAAUAGUAGUAAUUGUAAUGGUAAUAAUAAUAGUAGUAAUUGUAAUGGUAAUAAUAAUAGCAAUAAUAACAACAAUAAUAACAAUAAUAACAACAAUAAUAACAAUAAUAACAACAAUAAUAAUUACAGUAAAAGCAAUUCGGCUAGUACAGUACUACAAAACAACUUACAUCUUUUUAGUAGAAUCAAAAACUUCUCAGAUAGCCGUUAUAAUAAGAGGAGGUUAUUCAGUCAAAAUAAGAAAAACAGCUUCAAUUUAUUUAGCAGACAAGUUGAAAAAAUUAAUAAUUAUAUUGCCGAUUCUUUGUCUGAUUACAAUUUAGCUAAAUGUACAUUAUUGAACGUCCCUAAUAAUGUAAAUGAUAAGGAACAGUCGCAGGCAAUAUCUAACAAAGUAAUUUCAUAUAAUAGUGAAGGCAUAUCAUUGAACAAUAAUACAUUCUAUCUAACUUACCAUGAAAUAACAGGAGAAGAAGAGAAAAAAGAACAUGCAAAUGUAUUAAGUAAUGAGCAAUGGAGUAAAGACAAAUUGAGUUAUCAUGAUAUUAAACAUGUAGAAGGAAGUAAUAUAAUAAAGAAUAAGAAGAAAAAAAUGGAAAGACACACACAUAUCAGUGGUACAACAGACGCUAAUGUACUAAAGCAAUGCCAUAGAGACAACGUGAAAAGAGAUAAGGAUAAACAUUUCAAUAUAUUCAAUUAUUGUAGUAAUAAGGAUAAGAGGGAAUAUAAAACUACAAUUAUGGAAAAUUGCACAAAGGAAAACGAUUCCUAUAACGACGGGAAUAGAAAUCCAUGCACAAAUGACAAGGUUGACGGAGUGGACGAAAAAAUUAGAGAAAAGGAUUACAAUCGCAAUCAAAGUGAUGGUAACUGCUGCCAAAGUGAUGGUAACUGCUGCCAAAGUGAUGGUAACUGCUGCCAAAGUGAUGGUAACUGCUGCCAAAGUGAUGGUAACUGCUAUCAAAAAGAUAGUAACUACUGCCCAAAUGAUGAAGGGACGAAAAAUUGCGAUGAAGCAAAUGCACAUAAAAUAGCUCAGAAUGCAUUACAUAAUGGCAAACUACUAUGUGAAGAAGACUUAAAUAAUGAUGACAAAUCUAACUUGCCAAAACACGAACUCAAUGAAAAUUACAGUGAGAACUUAAUAUUACCUAUAUCUACUAGCGAACAGAAAGAAACAUAUGGUGAUAAGAAUGGAAAAAGAAAAUUGAGAAGAAACAUAGAGCUGGAUGUUAAGGGAGAAAUUGGUGAAUACGCAAACGGUACAUAUAAUAAUAAUAAUAAUAAUAAUGCAAGCGAAAAUGAUAGAGAUAAACAAGGUAGUGAUAUGCAUGAUGGAAACAAUCAUUUAAAAUUAAAAAGUAUGUAUUAUUCAAACAAAAGAGAUGUCCACUUACUACCUCUAAAUGUUGAUAAUCAUUAUAUGAGAAAAUACUACUUAAAUUUUGAUACCAUAUUUUCAGAGAAUAAAAAGAAAACAAAGAAAACAACUCAGUUAACCCCGAUAUAUUAUAUGAAGGAUGAAAAUGUAUAUCCUAGUAAUAACACAAAACAAAACAAAAAAAAAAAAAUGUUUGACAAAGGAAAUCUUGAUAUAAUAAAAGAAAAAAAGAAAAACCCUCCAAACAUAAUUUCAAAUAUUUUCAAAAAUGACAUCAUUAAUUUUAAGUAUCCUACUGAGGAGUUUUACAUAUAUGAAAACAAUGAAAAGAAUAUUUUUAAAAAUAUGAAAUAUAAUUCUAAAAAUUGCACACUUAAUAAUGAUAAAGUUUUAUCAUAUGACGAACUAAUCAAUGAAGAAAAAUCUAUAUACUUUUCUUCUAACAAAGUAGAUUACAAAAAUUUCGUAGAACAAAAAAACAGUUGUAAGGGUAGAAAUUACUCGGACAGUAAAUAUUAUUCCUGCAAUUUUGUCUAA